UGUUGAAGAAGGCUAGCGUCUAGGCCACGCCCACUGCCCCGCUCCUCCUCCGCGACAUGAAACUUUGAAAGUGUGACUUUCACAUGUAUCUGUCAUUUACAGCUGCAUCCUCACUUACUUAGAUAUAUUUGAAACUGAACCGGCGUCCGUCUCAAUCUCAAGCCAAGGGUGAUGUCCGGAUACCAGGGCCUCCUCCCCCUGGCCCUGCUGGGUCUCUGGCUGUGUCACAUCUCCCUAGCCAAGAACGACGCCCCCUGCCAGCGCUCCAGGUGGAACAAUGCCUACGACACCUUCCUUCGCCGCCACGUCCCGUCGGGAACACCCAGCGGCAACGACCAGAACGCCUGGAAGGAGUACAUCUCCUCCAAGGGCUGCGACCGGCCAACCCAGUCCUUCCUGGACCCCGGCGACCUGGAGCGGGUGAAGGCAGUGUGCAGCGACCGGGGCGGCCAGCAGCUCAAAGAGAACCUGUGCAUCAGCCGCGAGCGCUUCUCCUUCGUCACUGUGCGCAGCGAGCCCAAAACCUGUGGGAUCCGCACCAUCAUGAGGGAGAGCAAGCACCUGAUCCUGGCCUGUGAGGCGCUGGAGAACCAUUGUCUGCCCGUCCACUUUGAGGGCAACUGGCAGGACCUGAAACCUGAUAACAACGCCAGGGGCUGCCAAGGGGGGAAAAAUGCUGCGGGUGGAGCAGCUGGCUCGAGAAUCAGCUGGCUCUGGUUGUUGAUGUCGUCUGGCCUUCUUCUGCUUACCUCCAGUCAGUAGUUCCCUUUGGACAGCAGGUGCUGACAUGAUUCAUGGUACUUUUCAUGAUUUUUGGCCUCUGCCAAAUAUAUUUCAGAUCUUACUUUUGGUUUUCUAACCUUAAACAUUGGAACCUGACAAUUUGUCUUUGUGUUGUUAUUUUCAUAGCUAUCAUGGAAGGAUUUGAAAUACCAAAGCUAUACAUUUCUCGUUUGUAUUAUCCUUUCAUAGCAUUAUUGUUGCAUCCAAUAAUAUUUUCCCCAGCAUGGAAUGAGAUAGGAUUAUACUAUAAAACAUGUUUCAACUGCAUUCCUGUAAAAAACAGUUGGGGACAAUAACCCUUACUUGAUAUGGUGGUAUUUAAGUGACAGGUCUCUCUCCUUGGCACGGCUGCACAGCCAACCUGAAACAAGAGGCACCUUUUGAGCAGCUUUCUCCUCUGGGAUUUGGCUGAGCUGGAAAUGUCCAGUUUGGAAUGUUGUAGUUUCCUUUUUCUAGGCUUCAGUUUGAACUGAUUUGUCAAAUCUUCAAAUGUGGGACUCUGUCAAUAAAAAUUAAAUAGGCUAAAAUUGUUGAACCUCA